CUGAGCUCUCCUGGGGAAUCAUUGUGAACGCACAUCGCCAAGAUAUAUUCGGCCCAUGCAUUCACAGCGCGUGACUUUUCGCCACAGGCAACGCGCGCCGGUGCUGCCGCGCGUGCCUAUGUCCUCUAACUCGCCUUCGACCUUUUCCAAACACACUCAUACCCAGUUUUCUCCACAACCGACUCGGGACCGCGUCUACCAGCGCAACCUUGAGAGGAAACCAACUCGAAGCAAACACCAAUUCUACACAACACCACCACCACCACUGAUAUACUUCUUCCCAACAACAACACAACUCUAAACACACACAACCUCUUGCCGGAUUCAAACCGCCACAAACAAAAACCUCUAACAUCAACAUGGGCUUCACCUCCUUCAUGAACUCACUCUCCUGCACCAACACUUGUCUUCCAAAAACAACCCCAUCUUCUCUCCCCUCUCCCCUCCCUUCCCCUGCACCACAGUCCCCCUCGCCCCGUUCCUCGACCGCCUCCUCCACCCCCUUACUCACGAAGGCGCCCAUUCCGACUUCCUUCCGACCCAAAUCCCUCCUAUCUCCCCGACCCCUAGUCGUUCCUUUGGCAACCUCUUCAAACCACGCACAUGGCCUCUUCUGCCGGACCAAAACCGCCAUCAAAACCGCCAUCCGGGAAACAUUUCACAUGGACCCAACACCGCGCCCGCUUCCGGACCCACCUAGGAAGUUCACCGCCCCGGGACGAUGCGCAGAUGGGCAGCACAAGUGGCGCCACGGCCGCUGUAAGCGGUGCCUCAUGAGGGAGUGCGAGGGUCGGGACCGCGUGGGCCUGAUGACGGGGGGAAUGUACUGCGGCGCCGACGGCUGCAGGUGUCGAUCUCAUACUGACCAUAGCGAUGGGGGUGCCAACGGUGUCGAGGACGAGGCGCCGCAAAUCGACGACAUCGUAAUCACUCCGUCGUUGACGUCGCAGCUUGCAGCUAACCGCGCGUUCUACCCUGCUGGUCCACCUCUGGCACAUGAGUCUGGAUUCUUCGACUGUAAUGCGUUUACGAUCCAUCCGGCCGGCUCCUCCAUCGCAGAUCUCUCGGACGAUGGUUCGGUGCAGAGUCUGCGUGUCCCGAGAAUGCGGAUGCCUCGUUCACGGGGGUAUAUGGACUUGCGUCUUGCUCUUGAUAAUUCGGCCGCUACCAUGGUGACAGUACAAGCCGAGCCAGCCCUCCCCCACCGCCGCCGUUCGGAACGGUCAUCAGCACCGGAGCCGUCGACGCGCCCAAGUACGAAUCCCGUCCAACAGGAGGACGCCGAGUACUUUAGACCGCUUCCGGGCCUUCGCCGGCGGGAGUCUCGCUCCGCCGCUCCAGAACCCUCCACCCGCUCAGCUUCACUCCAGCAAGCAUCGCAGAACCCAUCCAGGGACGGCUCGCCGAGAGAGGAGCGUCAGCAACGCGAAGAGUCCCGGGCGUCAUCCUGGACGUCGGUUUCAUCUUAUGAGGAUUGGCGUCUCUGGAUCGAGUGA